GAUCCAUAAAAAGUAUCGUGACUCCAGGCCAUCGACUUCCUUCAAUGUCGCACUCAACCUCACAAAAGUCCGACAAUGUACUCGAGUUCCUCUGUGACCGCCGCUUUCACAGACAAUUCACAUUCACCCAGUCCAAGAAGCGCUACCGUGUAUCCUACUCUGACUACGGCUCAAUCACCAGCAAAUCAGUCGUUCUCUUCUUCGGCGGCCUGAUGGGCGGCCGCCUCAGUUACUCGCCCCUGGACCAAUUAGCCAAAUCUCACAACAUCCGCAUCAUCCAUCCUGACAGACCAGGUAUCGGUGGGAAACGACCGUAUGUAGCUUUCUUCGCGCCGUGGGUGCAUCCAAGCCAUAGCGGGAUCAAGCAUCUGCAAGCCGCCGAACUGCUUCCUGCGUCUAUGAUCGGCAAAUUCUCCUCCCUUGCGAAAUUUGUCAACGGAACUAUCACACCCCUGACUGGGAUGUCGACUGGGCUGAGCAGCACCGUAUCCAACGCCCUCAAAUCCUCACUACCGCAGUUUGUUGUUCCCGAAGUCCCGAUACCGCUCGAACCAAUUCCCGGCGAUGAACGACCAAACGAGAGCGACAAGAGUAAUCUCGACCUGAACGAUGCGGCUGUAGUGGAAGGGCUGCGAAGCCUCAUACCCACCUUCCUUUUCGCCGAGGCCGUGAACGGCGUGGGCCAGGAUGCGCAGCUUUGCUUGCGGAAACCACGCUCCAUACCGUGGUCUACCCCAUCUCGACAUUGGGAGGACAUCGAUGAUGCGGUGCGCCAGCUCGAGCACUCCAUCCAUGAGGGAGAAGAUGAAAGUCAAGAGUGGAGGGUGUGGAUGGUUGAUGCGUUUCAUGCGGAGACGGAUAGCAUGGUAGGGGAAAAGGGUAGGGUGUGGUUUGAUGCGUGUUGGAUGAGAGACGAGGCUGCGACUUCCAACUCACAAGACGUCUUUGAGUAUAACAGCCAGGUCAUGAAGGGCUCAGAUCAUGACUUCAUCUUGGAUCCGGUAUUUGGAGCAAGCGAGGCGUGGCUGAAGCGUGUCAGUGAGUCUUUUGGAGGAGGUGCAGUGGACGAGGUGGUGGUAUCCUCACCUUGA